UCAAUUACAUUCUCUCAACUAUUUUAUUCUCUCAAAGUAAUUUUAGUGCAGCGCAGAAAUGGAGCGAUUUAGUGAGGAUUUUCUUUUGGGAAGUUCCAAUUCUCAGUUACAGUCUAUGCUAUGUACUCUACAAGACAAAGAAGCAGAUGAUAUCACUCAAAUUGCAGCUCUGACUAACCUUUGCGAAAUUCUGGCUAUGGCGUCUGAAGAGUUUCAUGUGGAUUCUUUUAUUCCAAUUUUAGUAGGGUAUUUGAAGCAGGGGAAUCCUGAAAUAAAACUAUUGGCUACUAGAAGUUUAACAUACAUCUCUGAUAUUUUCCCCUGGUAUUGCUCGAAUGUUGUUUUCGAAGGUGCGAUUCCAGCAAUGUGUGAGCACUUGCUCACCUCAUAUUACUUGGAUUUAGCAGAGGAGUCUGUACUGGCAUUGGAGAAGAUCUCUCGCAGGCGUGCAUCUAACUGCCUUCGUGAUGGUGCUUUUAUGGCGCUAUUGUUAAAUCUGGAUUUUUUUUCUAGUGCUAUUAAGAAACAUGCAUUGUCAACUGCGGCAAAUAUUAGCUUAGAGCUUUCACCAUCUACCAUUGGUUUGGUUAUAGAAGAAGUUCCGAUACUGUUGGGUGUUUUAUCAGAUCCUGAUGCUAAGAUGGUAGAACAUGCAUGUGUGUGUUUAUCUCAAAUAGCAAGAGCUGCAGCUGCUUCUCAAAAGAAUUUAGAAGAGAUUUCUAACUAUGGCCUGGUAGCCAAAGCUAUAAGUUUGAUAUCUGUCACCAACUCAGUCAGUGGCCAGGCAUCUCUUAGUUCACCAGGAUUCAUGGCUGUGAUUGGACUGCUUUCAACAUGUGCAAGUGCUUCUGCUGUAUUGGCAGGGCAAAUGAUUGAAAUGGGCAUCUCUAGCAUCCUUAGGGAUAUUCUUAAUGCUGGAAUUGUAUCACAGAUGACAAUUCCUGUGUUUUCAAACGAUUCAACUAAUCAGUUGCAGAAGAUUGUCUCCUUUGUGAAUGAUCUUCUUCCAUCGGUAUCCAAUGAGAAAAUUUCACUUCCCACCAGUGAUGAACGUGAUGAUAGAGAUAACUCCGCUAGAGAAAAGCUAUUUCAAGAAAAACCUGAGCUUUUGGUGCAAUUUGGAAUGAAUCUUUUUCAACUUAUGAUUCAGAUAUAUGGUUCAAGCAUCAAUGCUCAAGUUUGCCGCCAAUGUCUGAAAGUUAUCAGCAAACUAUUGUACCUCAGCACUCCGGAGAUUUUGAAGCCAUUAUUACAGGAAACCAACAUAUCAAGAUUUUUGGCGGGAAUUUUAUCUGGCAAAGAUUUUGAAAUUUCACUUGCAGCAUUACAGAUGGGGGAAAUUUUAAUUCAGAAACUUCCGGACAUUAUGUUCAAUAUGUUCAUGAGAGAAGGUGUUUUUUAUGCAGUGGGUACACUUAUAUCUACAGGGAGCACUGUCUCAGGAGAGGAUAAAACUUAUACAACAUGGAAUACAUGGUCAGAAAGUGAAGAAGAAAGUGAAGAAGAAAGUGAAGCAAAUCAAAUAGAAGAAAUUGUCAGUGCUCAUGCAAGGCAAUUUAAGGCUACAUACUUUGUUUCAAAUUCAGGGGCUAGAGCUACAAAAGGUUUUCGCAAGUUGACAAAUCUUUGUAAGAAGUUAGAUUGGGUCUUGUGUGAUUUGAUGGGUAAAUCAAUGAAGGCCAAACAGAGUAGGGUUGUAUAUAAUAGUCAUUAUGGUUUAAAUGGCAAAUUUGAAGGCAAAGCCAAACAGGGUAUGGGGAUAUCAAAACGAAAGAGUAAAAGAAGUUGUGCUGUCUCUUAUAACAACGAAAUACCAUCAAUCAUUGCUAAUAUUCUGGCCGAACUAUGCCAAGAUGAUGGCGUAUCAACUUUUGAGUUUGUUAAAAGUGGGGUUGUGGCAUCCUUUCUAAAUUAUUUUGCAGGCAGGGACUUGAAAAGAGAUAAGAUGAUAAAAGCUGAUUCCAUUGGGCAUCAAUUAGAAACAAUAAAAAGACUCGAGACAUUUGUUGAUAUAUCUCUUCCUCUGAUUGUUCAUGGAAAAGAAUCUCCUUUGACGGUUUUAGUUCGGAAGCUGCAGGAUGCACUUUCCUCCGAAGAUUUUCCUAUACAACUCAGUCAAGGUCCAAGGUCAGACAAUAAUGAUCCUCUAAAAGUGCGGUUGUGUAGAGCACAAGAAGAAAGAUGUCUGAGUAGCCACCCUCGAAAUAUUUUAUAUGUAGAGCCUUUCGCAAGGAUCGCUGAUAUUGAAGAUUAUCUGUGUCGUAGAUUGCAGAUAAAUAAAACUGAAAUCACUUGUACUAGUAGCGUGGCUGAGCCUCGUACCCAUGUAACAACUACAGAAGCUGCUGCAGAAGAAAUAUCCUCAGCAAGAUCAAGGCCAUCAACCACAACGGAAAAUUCUACCAAUUCUACACCAUCAAAAGCAGGAGAAUCUGUCUCAAGCAGUGUUACAGCUGAUUUCAAUGACACACAAAUAAGAAUUGGGGUUUCAAUGGGAGAUGCCUUAGAGAGAGAACCACAACUAAAACAUGAGCAAGGAGGAUCUAUUGAUGAGGGAUUGUUGGAGGAACCAACUUCAGUUUGUGUGAUGGAUGGGGCGAAUGGCGUUUUGUUGAGGGAUCCUGCAGAUGCAAGUGGAAUAGAAGCAGGUGUUCCAACAAUAAGAGCAUCAUCUAUUUGUUCAAAAGGAUCCAGCAGAAGUAGGGAACAUCCUAGGCUGAAUUUUUUCAUUGGAGGUAAACUGCUAGAUAGAUCAUCAACAGUAUAUGAAGCAAUUCAAAAAAGUGUGCAAGUUGAAGGAGACGAUCCAAGUCAUUCUGAUUCAGAAUGGAUAAAUGAAUCGAUUCAGGAUAAAGUGCAUAAAAUUAGAUAUAAGAAAACAAACACACCGAGAGAGAGGAAUUUGACUGAAACACAUCAAAUGUAUGCUACACUGAUGAAAUUGAAGAAUUUGCGUUGUAUUGACAAGGUUUUGCAAGGAACGCUCCUCUAUAAUAUAGGGGAGAAGGAUAGCACAAAUGAUAUUCUAUUGCUGCUUCAAAUUCUUGAUGAAAUAAACAAAUUAGCUCCUUGUUUGAGAGCUAACAGCUUAUCUGAUGCAUUUGCAAAAGGGAGAUUGAAAAGCCUAGAUGAAUUGAAAGCUAAUGGUCCCACGGUUCCUCAACGAGAAUUUUUUAGUGGCAAGCUGACUCCAAAGCUAGCAUAUCUGCUAAAAGAUGCAGAGGCAUUGGCUACUUUCGGUUUGCCAAAUUGGUGUAACCAGUUGAUUGAAAACUGCCCAUUUUUGUUCCCAUUUGAGAUUAGAAGGCAAUAUUUUAUGUUUUGUGCAUCGCACAAGAUUCCUCCAGAUCCCUAUUUGAGAAACAAUGAUGCUGUUAGGCUACCACGCCUAAAGGUUCGUGUUUCACGAAAGCGUGUAUUAAAGGCAGCUGCACAAGUGAUGCAUUUGUGCCGAGGGCAGAAGGCUGCCCUUGAAAUUCAGUAUUAUAAUGAGGUUGGCAGCGGUCUGGGUCCAACUCUUGAGUUCUAUACACUUAUAAGUCAUGAAUUACAGAGUAGUAAAAUUGGAAUGUGGAGGACAAAUGCAGAGGAAUCAGUUCAGGCAUCUCUGGGAUUAUUUCCUCGUCCUUACUCGCUUCAUACAGAGUCUUCUGACAGAGAAAAAUUUCAAGUGAUAGAGAAUUUCAUCCUUCUUGGGUUUCUAAUGGCUAAAGCUCUUCAGGAUGGCCGACUUCUGGACUUGCCUCUUUCCAGAGCAUUUUAUAAGCUGCUUCUUGGGAAUGAUCUUGAUUUAUAUGAUAUCAAGUACUUUGACAUUGGGCUUGGAACAAUACUGCAAGAAAUGCAAGCUCUUGCUGCUCGAAGGCAAUACUUGGAGUCAAUGGCAGAUGAUAAGAGUAAAGAAAUAUCAAGUUUACAUUACCGUGGUGCAAAAAUUGAAGACCUUUGCUUUGAUUUCACCCUUCCUGGCUUCCCGGACUACCCUCUCAAAGCAGGAGGGAGCAGCAUCAUGGUUACCAUAGAUAACAUAGAUGAGUAUGUUUCAUUGGCUGUGGAUGCAACUAUUGCUUCAGGAAUCAUGCCACAAAUUGAGGCCCUUCGAAAAGGGUUUAAUCAGGUGUUUCCCAUCUCGACUUUGCAAGUAUUUUCGGAAAAGGAAUUGGAAACUCUUAUAUGUGGGGAGCGUGACUUAUGGGAGCAGGCUGAAAUGUUAUGUGAUCACAUCAAAUUCGAUCAUGGUUAUACUGCUCAAUGUCCUUUCGCAUUGGAUUUUCUUGAGAUCGUGGCAGCAUUCACACCAAAGCUGCAAAGAGCAUUUUUGCAGUUUGUUACUGGUUCUCCAAACCUUCCUCCGGGGGGUCUGAGUGCUCUAAAUCCAAAAUUGACUGUUGUUAGCAAAAAUCCGCUAAAUUUAACAGAGGCUGUUGCUAUGGACUUGCCAAGUGCUAUGACUUGUGCAAAUUACCUUAAACUUCCCCCAUACUCAACCAAGGAGACAAUGCGUGAUAGACUGGUAUAUGCCAUUACCGAAGGGCAAGGAUCUUUCGAUCUCUCAUAAAAACAGGGGCGAUAUCUGUGUCGAAUUAUUCCACAAGUUCGCAAGUUUUUGUGCUCCAUACCAACAUCAAAAAUGAUGAAGAUACCUGGAAAUCUGCACAGCAUGUGAUUGUAGUUCAUUAUGUGAUUUUCUAUAUUGGGCCCGUCUUUGUAAUUCAUCACUUGUUUUCUAUAUUGGGCCUGUGGUUUUAAUUUAUUAUGUGAUUUUCUAUAAUAAGCCUGUGCCUGUAACUCAUUAUUGGUUUUAUAUAUUGGGCCUGUGCUUGUAAUACAUGAUUUUAUAAAUAAUAUAGUGAAACAACAUUUUGUU